AUGUCGAUUGCCGAAGUGCCGCCGGCGUUGAAGCCGCUCUUCUCGACCGCCGACCACAAUGUGGCGCUGUACCAGCGUCGAACGCCAUUCUCCUACACGAAGCCGACCCCCGGCGGACCAAAACCGCACCCAAAACCGCUCGAAUGUCCCAAGGUAAUCCCGAAAUCGUUUUGGUCAUCGCUUGAGCUCGACGACGAUUCGGACGACGAUCCGAAGCCGAUACCCGACGAGAUGCCGCAGACCGUGCAUUUGCAGUACAAUUCGCCGAUGGGCCUCUACUCGAAAGAGGCGGCCGUCGAGCAGUUCGAGCAGCAAAUCGGCGCCGCGCCGAACGCCGAUCUGCCGGCGCCCGACAAACAUUUCGAUCCGUCGAAAAGCGCCACACUCAAAUAUUUGAACGAGACCGGCGGCGGCGGCGACGACGCGCUCGGCGACGCGUUCUUCGAGAAGGUGGCGCGAGCGGAAGCGCCGCGUGCGCGCGACACCGUCGAACCCGACUGGGCGCGAAUGGCGCGCGAGAAGAGCGAACGAGCGCGCAGCAAGACGCCGGCCGAGCAACGCUAUCGGCCCGCCUCGUCGCCGGCACCGCUCAGCCAUCCGGUGCAUUUGGAGACGGCGCGCGAGCACGCCGAGAAGAACAAAAUCUUCACCCAUAACAUCCAUGAGCCUUACACUAGACCUUAUUAUGAAGCGGCCUUUAACCAAAAUCGGAUGAGGCGUUCGCAAAGCGCCGGACGAGAAUACCACAAUCGCGGUUAUGAGUUGGGCGGUUUGGAUUUCACGCAAGGGAUCCAUAUCGAUCAUGGAACCGAUUAUCAAUAUUACGCGGAGCCGCCGAGGAAGCCGCAACCGGCGAAGCAGCCGCCCGGCUAUGAAUUGGGUGGAACCGACUUCUAUCGUGGGCAUACGCCCAACGAUGGGCACUAUCGAGGACAUGGUCCCGAUCCGCCGAGACUUCGUCCGAAGUAUUCCGCCGAUCCGCACGAUCCUUGCAAUGUCGUCGUCGCGCCGAAUAUCGAGGCGGUCGACGCGAAUCUGCUGGUUGGCGACACGGUUUCGAAUCAGAAAAUCAAACACGAGGUGCGACACAUCGAUCAGAGCACGUUCGGAACGUCGUUCGCGCCGCCGCAAGGCUUCCGCCGCGAUCACACCACCGUUCGUCGGGCGCCGCCGCCGCCGCAGCCGGUGACGUUCUCGGUGUCGGCGAACAAACAUCUCGCGCGAUCGCAAUCGGUGCCGCGUUCGUCGGCGCCGCCGGAUCAACGCGACGUCUUCUACAGCGGCGCGCAGUACGAGGCCGACAAGGAGGUGUCGAUUCGGACCCUGCUGAAUGAUGAGGCGCUUAGAGUGAAUAAGCGUGAGACGUCGCCCUAUUGGGCGGAUCGCUCCGAGCAGAAGCACGCGGCGUGGAGCGGACGUGUUGAUCCGAGAUUGCAGAGAUAUGAGACGUAUAUCACCGAGCCGAAUUGGCGUCGAAAUGUCGAUCAGCGUCGUCAGGCAUGGGAGCGACGGGCGUUCGAGACCGAGCAGAAGCUGAGCCGCCCCUACUCCGAGAGGGUAGCGCCUGGCAUGCCGCCGUCAUGGCUCGCCGAGGCACAACACAAGCAGCAGCAGUGGCAGCGACAGGCGGACAACAUGAACAACUCGUACAAUCAGGCAAGUCAUGAUAUCCCAAAGAAUCAGCCGAUGAACGGUUCGCAGAACUAUCAAUAUACAUCGACGACGACGACCACCACCUCAAAUGUUCCACAAUCGCAACAUGUUCCUGAGAAUCUUGUCAACACUGGCUACAACACCAAUCAGGUGAACUAUGUUCAAUCGCACGCUGACAAGUAUGUCAAUGGUCCGCACUAUCAGCCACCGAUCAUCAAUCAGCAGCAGCAGCAGCAUCAGCAUGAGAAAAUGGAGUUCUCUGAGAAAUUCCAACGCGAUUUGCAUUCGCCGCUGAGCCGCUCGAUUCCGAUUCGUCAGGCCGGAACGUUCAGCGAGGUGUGCCGAUCGCGGCAAUCGGAUCGAUCCGAAAUCGCGUCGGACGUGAAAUCCGAGAUCAGCAUCCAUGAGGACCACCACCACCAUCACCACCAACAGCAAACCGAUCCGAUUCCACUUCCAGCACCGACUGGAAACUAUGAGGCUAGCAAUUAUAACAAGACCUACUCGACUCAUAGCACGACUACCACCACUCAGCAGCCAGUGGCUCAGCCAGCUAGCAACAACUAUUCGACCAGCUUCCACAGUGAGAGAACCUUUAACAAUAGUUCCUCUCAUCAGCCUAGCCAGGCGAUUGCGAUUCCAAGCGGUGGCAAUCAGAACUAUAGCUAUCAUACGGAGAGCCAUAGUACAACUGGACCAAUUAUUAUGCACUCGCCGGGUGGUCAAUCAUUCAAGAGCACCGAAUUCUCUUCAAGCCGCUAUAAUAAGCAGGAGAAGACAACGACGACGACGACAACCAACGGAGGCGCUCAACCGCUGAAUCGCCAUGCUAGCUAUAACUAUACGAGCAGCACGAACGAGACGCCGAAACCGGCCGGCUAUCAUCAUGAGAGCUUCACGUCGCACACGGAGAAGACGUCGAACAACACGCAACCGCAACCGGCUGCUUAUCAAUAUGAGAACUAUUUGAGUAGCCGAAAAGAGGAGAGCCGACGCGAGGAGACGAGCCGGCCGGUCUCGCAGCUCUCGCAGUACAGCGAGUCGAGAAACUACAAGCGAAACUAUUCGGAGAAGACCGAGACCACGACCGUUCCAGCGGCGACCACAAAUGUCACCCAUAGCUACAAGGAUUUGUCGAAUGCCCAAUCGGUUGAUGAUGUGUUCAAUAAGAGGACUGAGAUGAAUGAGAAGCUUCCCGUUGGAAGCAUCUCGAACACUCAUAAUAACACGGAGGGUGGCUAUCGCGACGCGAGCGGACACGACGUUCAUUAUAAGCGCGAGACGCAAACGUCGGCGGAUCCGGGCCGCGAGACGUCGCUGCUCAAAGAGGAGGAGAAGCGAGUUGUCGAGACUCCGCUCGAGCCGGGUGUCAUCUCGCGUCACGUCACCACCAAGUAUUACAAGAAGAAGACCGUCACCGACACGACGACCACCACCGCGCCGGCCUAA